AUGGCUCCCACGCGAAACAAAAAGAAGGGCUCCACUGAGUCGAGCUCCUCGCAACAGAAGAGCGCGACUUACAGCAGCUCAGGCAGCCCUUCAACACCACAGCGAAGUCCAAUUCAGAAGAAGAGGACGGGAAUCACCAUGCAGCAGAAACAAGCCUUGAUCGAGAACCUGCGACUCGAAAUUACUGAGCGAGCCCGCAGGUUACGCGCUCAAUACCAUCUCCAAGCGCAAGGCCUCAGGUCACGAGUCGAAAUACGCCUCAACCGAAUUCCUACAGCACUGAGAAGGGCAACCAUGGGUGAACUGCUGCUCAAAUACGCAGAACAAGCACAACGAGCACCUACUCCUCGGCCGUUGCCAGUUCCUGUCAAGGAUUUGCCGUUGCCGCCGAGUCCUCAAAAGCCUAGCCACCAGACCACUCGCGCGCCACAGGUUGUGGGACGCGCCCAGAAGCGGUUGAGCGAUGAAAUUACUAGGGAUAAGGAGAAUGAGAAUGUUGGCGAGAAUCCUAAGAAGAAAGCUCGCGGCGGCGAUGCUGGCGUAGUCCGCCCAGCACAGGUCUUAUCGCCUACGUCGUCCAACUCGCGGUUGGCGAACCGCAGUCGUGCGACUUCUCCUACCAAGUCGUACUUGUAUAAGGCCAGCUCUCCUUUGAAAGGGGGGAGCCCAGCUCGGCCUACAGCUGCGGCUGCUGGUGCUGGUGCGCGUGCUGGAGGACUGAGAAAGGUUACCACAACAUCAAACUCAAGCGCCAGCUCGGCUACUCCGACAGCGCGAACAAAGCGCACAGCUACAACCGCGCCCAAAGGCCCUCUAUCUAGGCCUGGGACACGAACGACGCGCAGAGCUAGUGACGUUGACGAGUCGAGUGACGGAAGCGCGAACACCGUGCUCCGAAAGGCUGCAGGGAUGGCAAAUACCGCUGCCGCGCGAAAAGCUGCCCCUGGUAGCGCUAAAAAGGUUGCUUCGCGCGGAGUAGCGAAAUCUACGGCGAAGGCUGCAUCCGCUGGAUCAACUGCCACUACUGGGAGGACACUAAGAAAGAGAACCUGAAGGGCUUCGUCAGUUUCUGGGAAGCUUUGCGUGUUUAAGGAAUUGGAGGCUCAUGUUUUGAGCUCGUGUUUUACAAGGAAUGCAUUGGCGACAGGGAACUGUGGGAAUAACUUGAGGCCGCCAAAAGGCCAGACCGCUUUGUUCUUUUUGAUACUGGUAACAGGGAAUGCGAUACGGAGUUUGGGCAUGUAACAAGACUAUACAUUGUUGGACUAAACAAGUAGGAAUCGGGCGUUUUGGGUAGUUUCAGCGGGAAUAUAUCAUUUCUUCUUCUUGUCAUCCACUAGCUCGAUAUUGUCUUCCGGUACAUCCUUGUACUUUUCCAGAAUGAACUCUUCUAGUUCGUCGCUGACGUCUCCUUGUACCACGAUUUCUUCACCGCCGCUAGGAAGCUUUGUAACAGAAGAUCCCGUUGCGAAUUUCUUUCCAAAAUCCUUGGCACCUUUUUCAGAUCCAAACCAAACGCUUCCAAUCCAAUAACGGCCGUGACAAACUUUUUCUUGUUUCUCUCGAUUCGCUUAAUGGUGACGACGCUCGAGGCCAGUUUGCUCGCCUGCUUCUGCUCUGCAGCCUCGGCCUUGGCAGCCUUCUUCUGCGCAUCCUUGGCGGCUCUCUUCUGCGCAUCGACGGAGAGGGCAGCGGUGGCUGCUUCUAGGGCUUCGGGGGACCAUAUCCUGGAAUACAUGUCCGGGUGGUGCUUCUCGAGCCAUUCCUGGCAUUUUCUGACGGUGCCGCCAUACUCGCAGUACU